ACAGCAACUUGAUCACAUGCAGGAAAUGCAGCAGAUCCACAAGUCUCAUCUGCAGAAGAGGUUUCAGUGUCUGAUUGAGGGCAGCAUAGAGCAGGGAAACUCCACAGAACUGAAUAAGGUCUACACAGAUCUCUACAUCACAGAGGGGGGGAGGGGAGAGGUCAAUGAUGAACACGAGGUCAGACAGAUAGAGAGAGCAUCCUGGAGAGAAGUAGAACUAGGCAGACCAAUCAAAUGCAGAGACAUCUUUAAACCUGGAUCUGGACAAGACAAACCCAUCAGAUCAGUGCUGACUAAGGGAGUGGCUGGCAUUGGAAAAACGGUCUCUGUGCAGAAGUUCAUUCUGGACUGGGCUGAAGGGAAAGCCAAUCAGGAUGUCCACUUCAUAUUUCCCUUUCUUUUCCGGGAGCUGAACCUGAUGAAGGAGAAGAAACUCAGUCUGGUGGGUCUUAUCCAGCAAUUUUACCCAAAGAUAAAAGCAGAAGAAAUACUCAGCAGUUCAAAGCACAGAGUAAUGUUCAUCUUUGAUGGUCUGGAUGAGUGUCGAUUUCCUCUGCAGUUCAACCACACCUCAAAGUGUUGUGAUGUGACAGAGCAGGUCUCAGUCGACAUGUUGCUGACAAACCUCAUCCAGGGGAAUCUGCUUCCCUCUGCUCUCAUCUGGAUCACCACCCGACCAGCAGCAGCCAGUCAGAUCCCUCAUGAGUGUGUGAACCAGGUGACAGAAAUUAGGGGAUUCAACAAUCCACAGAAAGAGGAGUACUUUGGGAAGAGAAUCCAUGAUGAGAAUCUGGCCAGCAGAGUCAUCAGACACCUGAAGUCAUCCAGGAGCCUCUACAUCAUGUGCCACAUUCCAGUCUUCUGCUGGAUUGCAGCCAUUGUUGCAGAGAGAACAUCAGAAGAAUCAGACAAAGCUGAAAUGCCAAGGACUAUGACUCAAAUGUACAGCCGCUUUCUCAUCAUUCAGACCUGCAUUAAAAAGGGCAAGUACACAAAGAGGAAAGAGACAGAAGAAGAGAUCAUUUUCAAACUGGGGAAACUGGCCUUUCAGCAGCUGGAGAAGGGCAACCUGAUCUUCUAUGAGGAAGACCUGAGAGAGGCUGGCAUUGAUAUCACAGAAGCGUCAGUAUACUCAGGAGUGUGUACUCAGAUCUUCAGAGAGGAGAAGGAUGUUUACCAGGGAAGAGUGUUCAGCUUUGUGCAUCUGAGCAUCCAGGAGUUCCUGGCAGCAUUAUAUGUGUUUCUCUGCUUCAGCAACAGAGACAGAAACAUGUCUGACCAACAGCAAAACUCUCAGCUUUCCGAUCUGUUCAGAGAUGCAACACUUCAUGACCUGCACAAGACUGUGGUGUCCCAGUCUAGCAGCUGA